AACGAAACGAAAACUUAUUCAAUUUUUUCCCCUUUCAACUUUUAUUAUUAUUAUUAUUAUUAUUCAUUAUUCAUAUUUACUUAAGUUACUUGUUAUAAGUUUUCGCAAAUAAUCUCUAUACAUUUAGAUUGAAAACUUGUUUUAAAUGUCUUCAUCUUUUAAAUUACCACAAACAUUUUCUAAUCAUAAAGAUCAAUUUGAUGUACAACAUUCUCAUAAUAACUCUUUUACCGAAUUACAAUCACAGCAAAUGGAUAACCGUCAUUUAGACUCUAAACCUGUUAAUAGUGUUCCAUUGCCUACUCAUAUUAAUAUCACUGAUACAAUGGAUGAUGGGAGCUUUGGUGAAUAUGCUGAAGUCGAACAUAUGGUGCGUAAUCCUGCUUUAGAAGCUCAAUUGUCUCGUCUAUCUGCUCAAAAUGUUCCUUAUUCUGCGGAAGGUCCUAUUUCAUCUCGACUUCGUCGUAGAAAUUCUACUGGGUUUUCUUUUGGUGCUUCAAGUUUUGAUCAUGAAGCAGAGAGUGAGAAUGUGAGUGCUCUUAUCGAUAAUGCUUUAACUAAAUCCCUUCAUCUUAUUUUGAGGCCGUUCGUCUUUCUUUUAUUUAUGACCUUUUGGAUUAUCAAGGAACCUAUAAUUCGUGUCUUGACCUUUAUUACCAUUCUUGUUUCUACUGUAAUUGUGGAUCCAAUUUUAUUCCUAUUCUCUCUUUUACCUACCUUUGAUAACAAUCAAAUGCCUACUAUUGAAUCCCGUCGUAAAAUUUCUCGUGUCUUUACUGCUGUUAUGCUCCUUUUUUUCUUUAUGAGUGGUGUUUAUCUAAAGAAGCCUGAUAAUAUGUCAAUGCAAAAGGCAGCUACUCAUAGACUCUCCUCUUUCUAUAAUAAGACAGCCUCAUUUCUUUAUAGCAUAACACAGCAACAACGGGAUAUUUCUGAUCUUGAUCAUAAAUUUUCUGAAAUAGAGAAAAACGUCAUGGACUUAUUAUCUAAAGCCAGAGCUGCCCAAACCGUCACUGAUAAUUGGGAUGAAUAUCGUCGAAAUCUAGCUGCUGAACUUCGUUCGCUUGUUAAAUCCGAAACCAGGGAAAUGGCGAGUCGUUUGCUCAAGGAACCACUUGCACAGGUCGAUCUCUUGGAAGACUUUGAAGAUUUACAAGACUUUGUUACAGACUUGGUUUUGGUUCAAACUGAUAAAAAGGGCAAGUUAAUUCUUCCGAAUCAUUUCUAUGAUCUCUUAAAGAACCGUGAAGACUGGGUCAAUUACUGGAAUGAUCAAGAAUUGGCUCUGUCACACUUCUUGGAGCAUGGCCGUCAAACCAAAUCCUCUCUCGUCAGCAAGUAUAAGUUGAUAGUCAUCAGUAAAAAAGUCUUUUGCACCUAUAUCAUGAAUGACUUGGCCCGAAUGGAGAAUAAGCCUACUAAAAUUGCCGAUUUUGCAUUAGAAUCGCGUGGUAGUAAACUUUUGUUCAGUAGGACGAGUAGUACAUAUAUUCCAAAGGGUUCCUUGCUCUCCGCUAUCUUUAACCCUUUCUAUCUUGCAGCCUCCAAUUCUCCAAGAAGAAUCAUUCAAAAUGGUCGUGAGGUAGGGCUUUGCUGGAGGAUGUUAGGCACGCAAGGUCAUGUUGGUAUCCUCUUGAGCGAACCUAUCUUUGUUCAAGGGAUCACAAUUGAACAUCCUUCAAAGUAUGUAUGGGAUCAAUUCGAAAGCGCUCCUAGGGAGAUUGAAGUCCUUGCUCUCUCUAGCUACCCAGAUCUUCCUGAUGUUCCCGUUUCGCUUGGUCUUGUUCAUUACGAUAUCAACAAGCGAAAGGAUCCUGAAAUUCAAACCUUUGAAUUAGACUUCUAUCCUGAGAUGCCAAUCAAGGCAAUUGUAGUAAAGGUAAACAACAAUUGGGGUUAUAGAACUUGGACUGAACUUUGUCGAGUUCGAGUGCAUGGUGUCCCUGCUCGCUUUGCUUCUUAGAUAUUUUCUUUCUUUCUUUCUUUCUCUCAUUCCCACUUUUAUAUAUAUAUAUAUAUAUUGCUAAUAUUUUAUUUAGAAAGAAUCCCUUUCC